AUGGAAAAAAUAUCUUAUCCGUCCUCCGCUUCUACAAAAAAAAAGGCACCACCGUCCUUUUUUCCCACCGCUCCCGAAUCCACAUGUUCAACUGCACUGAGUUGCUGGCGCUUGCAAUCCAAUGGCGCAAGGAGUGAGGCGUGCCCCAAGAGGCCUCCAUCGGAUCCGCGUGCUUUCGAAGUCCUUUCAACAAGCAGUGGCCGAAAUCGUGACCAACCACUGCUGCCGCUACCGCCACUUCCCCGUGCGACCGGGUCUGUUUUGUUAUUGAACAUGCUAUCGCGCUGUAUGGGUGGGAAGUGCGUCCGUCCUGUUUUAAAAGCCGGUGGCUCUUCGUUUUCCCUUAUGCAGCCGAGUCCUGCACAUAUUUUUUUGUGCGUUCCCACCCCACCCGAUUACGGUAUGUCUUGCUCCCUUUGCGGGGCCCGCUGUUGGAUGUGUUUGGAAGGGCUUCAUCAACAGAUGGCCAUUGCACUUGCGCCACGGAGGCGUAAAACAAAACCCUAUAUUUGGGGCCAACCGGCGCUUCCCCAGCGGCUGGGGGCGAUACGCGCCAAUCCCAAAGCUAAUUGA